UUCCAUUCCAAUACAACAUCAUUUACUUUUAAUAUUCACAUAGCAAUAACGUCUGGUACGGCAUUGCUACUUUCUUUUCUUAUACUUGCACACCAAAAUUACUUUUCGCUUUCAUUCCUUGAACCUGCACAACGAUUAUUCUACUCACCACAAUUCUUUGUCAUUCAACCACAUUCACAAUGCAUUUCUCAAACAUCUUCGUCACCAUCUCUUUGGUUUCUUCGGCUCUCGCCCUGCCUAUGAGCAUCACGCCCCUCGAGAGGAGAGCACUGCAAUUCCGCGAAUACGCCGAUUUUCAGGUUUCUGACGGCAAGGCCGGAAAUGCUUUGGCUGAAGUUCAAGCAAAGUUCCCGAUUGAUACAAGCAAUCUGAAGGGCGUCUCUGCUAGCGAUCUGGCCAUUAUCCAAGCCGCCCGAGAGACUGCAGAGGCAGCCGAGACUGAUGCAUUCAACGGCCAAAUCAAGGCGGCAAGUGGUGCCGAUGCGACUGCAUUGCAAAAUGGCAAGAUUAAGAACAAGGUUCUGAAGUUGUUCUUGGAGGUGACUGCGCUCCAGAUCCAGCAGGCUCAGGGCAAAGACGAGCAGGAUAAGAUUGAUGAGGAGCAGACCAAGCUCAACAACAACAUCAGCUUGGAUAAGAAGGCGGCCGGUCAAGCAAGUAAGGGAGUUGUUUUCACGGAUGAUGUUCAGCCCGACAACUAGGUUAGGAAACUUGGCUUAGUUUAGCGCAAAGCAUUGUUUUGUCCC